UUUUUCUUGAAUAUCAUUCCAAUCUCCAACAAAAGAGCAUUUUGUCUCGUUUCUUCAUCUUUCAUCUUCCUCUUCAAUCAUCUCUGUUUAAUAAAUUUCUUCGUAAACCAAAUGUUAUUUAUUCUUUCUAACACUAUCACCGAAGUUUUUCGGUAUUGAACAUGUCUACAAGAUUCAAAGGGCUUUAUCAGAAGAGCUUCAAGUGUUUCUACGACGAUUUCAAUGAGAAGGAGGAUGAGAUGGAAAUUGGAUAUCCUACAGAUGUUCGUCAUGUGUCGCAUAUCGGUUGGGACAGUUCACCGAGUAGUGCACCCAGUUGGCUACAUGAAUUCAGGACGAGCAACGUGUUAACGCCAACUUCACCGCGGCCGUUUCAAGAUUUAAAAGUAGCCAUGGAAGCAUUUGGAGAAGUUGAAAGCAGCAAAGAAUUGGGAAGAGAAUCAACAAAACAAAAUCUGAAGAAGAAGAAGCUCUGGCCAAAAGCCUCUCUAUUGUGUGAUCCAUGGUCCCCAAGAUUCUCAAGAUCAUGCAAGGUCCUUGCGUGAUUUUUUUUUUGGGAUAAAAUGUAUGCUUGUUUAUUAUUCAUUCUUAUUUUCAAUGCCGUUGUUUAUAUAUUAAUAUAUACUAAUAUAUCAAUCUUUUAAUGUUUUCAUGAUAUGUCGUCUCAGAAGUGUGCACAAACUAAUACUCAGAGUGGCUUAUAUUGGAA